UCUCUCUCUAGGCCAAAACAAUCUCUCUCUCUCUAGGCCAAAACUUCUCUCUCUCUCACACACUAAAGGCCCUUUAGGGCCAAUAACUCGACUGGCCCUUAACUAUUUUCCCCCGUUCCCCCCUUCUCUCUCUCUAAAAGGCCAUUGAAAUACCCUCUCUCUCUCUGCCCCUCUCUCUCUCUCUCUCAUAACUCCAGAAGUUCCAUUCCCUCUCCCACAAGACAUGGUUUCUUGCCUUCACGUCUCGCACUCGCGGCACAAAUAACCCUCUAUCUCUCUCAUCUCUCUUCUCUCCUCUCUCUCACAUAUCACUCUGCAUUUUCAGCCCACAAUGUCUUCGGCAAAGGUUGAUCACAGAGGUUCAUUUGGAUCUAAAAGGUCUCGCAAUGAUGUUUCUCAUAAUGAUGGCGACUGGACCUGCCCACAAUGUGGAAAUGUGAACUUUGGAUUUAGAACUGUCUGCAAUCGAGCAAAAUGUGGUGCUCUCAGACCCCCUACUACUCCGAGAAUGACAUCAGCUCCAAUCCCUAGAGCGUACGAUCCCCCUCCUUUCUAUGUAGGAGGAAUUGGUGCUCCACCGCCAAUGCCUCUAGGAAUGCCAGGAAGUUAUGGGCCCCCAAUGCCUCUUUCUGGGAUGCCUUUUGAUUAUGGAGCAUCGAGAAGCGUCGCUGGUCCAUAUGGUCUCCUUUCACCAUAUGGUGCUCCUCCACUAGGAGGCCUCGGUUAUGGCCCGGGCCCUGCUAUGGAUGGAUAUGGAUUCGGGUUCCGAGGGUCUCCAUUGCCGGUACCAGGGCCAUGGCCCGGGGAUAUAGCUGAUACCAAUGGCUCUCGAAAGCGUCGUGGAGGCCCGGAUGGGUCUAAUGAAGGGGAUUGGAUCUGCCCCAAGUGUGACAAUCUGAACUUUGCCUUCAGAACAACCUGCAACAUGAAGAAGUGUGGAACCCCAAAACCUAUACUGUUGCUUCGUGGUGGGUGACAAAUCAUGUCAUUUCUAGAAUGACAAGUGAAUAGGGGAUUGGCCACUCUGGUUUCAACGUUAGAGGAAGUGUUUGCUCAAGCAAUGUAGCCCGAGGCUAUGAUCAAAGGUGUUGCGGUAGGGAAUAGAAUAAUCUUUAAGGCAUGUUUGAUAAGUGGAAGUUUUUGGAAGUGGAAGUUAAAUGUCCCACUUCUAUGUUUGAUAUUACUAUGUGGAGGUUGUAAAGUGGAAGGA